UGCGGCCCAUGAAAGGAAAGUAAAGAAACAAUGAGUGGGGAAGACGAGUCUGCGGCAUCACAAGCAGCAGCGGAGGAGAUGGCGCGUAGCAUCACCUACAUCACCGGCUCUCAGCUACUCCCGCUCAUCCGCCGCCCUAACAUCGCCAUCAUCGACGUCAGGGAUGACGAGAGGAGCUACGACGGCCAUAUAGCGGGAUCCUUACACUACGCGAGCGAUACGUUUAUGGACAAAUUACCGAAUCUCGUUGAAGCUACCAAAGGCAAGGAUACUCUCGUUUUCCACUGCGCUCUAAGCCAGGUUCGAGGACCCAAAUGUGCUCGAAGGUUUGCUGAGUAUGUUGCUGAUGCAAAAGAUUUGGGAGUGAAAGAUAUAGUGGUUCUCGAGCGUGGAUUUAAUGGUUGGGAAUCUUCUGGUAGGCCUGUUUGCCGCUGCAACAACAUUCCCUGCAAGGGUGUUUUGUACUUUUUCAAGAUAGCAGAAGAUCAUCCAAGAUUCAAGAUUUCUGGGCUUGUUUGAAUCGAAAGAUUGGCCUUACCGAGAAGAGUUGAGGGUUUUCAUUUUCAGAUUAUUGUAGAAAAGUUCCCCCAACAUUUUAGUAGUGUUGUAGUGCUACAUUUCUAAUCAAUUCGAGACGCUUCAUUGUUUAUUUUUCUCCA